AUGCGGAUUAUCCAACCCAUCCCGUGUAAAUCGGAUUUAAACCAAUUCUCGCAACCACGACGAGAGGCAGAGGAAGAGGAAGCCGAGAAAUUUUCGGAUCAAAGACAUUCUUUGAUUGGAUUUAAAUCGGAGCCAGAGGCAGAGGAAGCAGAAAAAUUUCCGAAGGCAGAGGCAAAAGGUGAGAAGAGGGAGGAGAGUGAAGUGGAGAAGGAGCUAGAGGCAGAAGAACAGAAUGAAGUUGUUGGUGAGAAGAGGAUUAAGAAGCCAGCAGCAGGAUUAAGGACUCCCUAUAUGGCCCCGAACCCAGUAAGAAGAACUGAAAGAACUAAUACUCAUCCUCUUGUCUUGAACUAUCUAUUAUAUUUUGGUUUUUUAUGCAAAACUGGAUUUAGUGUUUCGUAG